AUGAAAGCUCCUAUCCUUGCAGCACUGCUACUUCUUGUUCAAGGCCAUAAUGCUGCUGCAUUAAAUCCUGUACAACAACAAGAUGUACAGCAUAAAUGUCCUCUAUCCAAAACAGGCAAUAGUCAAUUGAGUGCUAUUCUUUCUCACUUUUCAGGUAUAUUCCUAGGAGACUAUACGAGCAAUGGAGGCUUUUUCCCUGGUCCCUUGGCAAUUGGUGGCGACUAUCAUACAAACACCACGAUGCUUGAUUCAAGCCGCCAUGUGGAUUGUACGGCAUCAUCCAUCACCAACAACAAUGUUUUGAGCUAUGGCCUGGUGGUCAACGGAAACCUCUACAGCAACCGAAUCGAUCUUACUGGCAAUGCAUUUAUUGGUGAAGGCGACAUUGCUGGAAGUGUCAAACCUCAACCACAAGGAGGAUUCUGUGAUCAGAUGUAUUUUGGCAACAGCAGCCCCUUGGAUUUUGAUGCUGUCGAGUCAUCGCUGCGUCGUGCAUCUCAAGCACUUGCUAUGCUCAAACCAGAUAUGCGCUUCAAAGAACACCUUAUUACACAAUUGGAUACACCCGAAAAUCCACUUUACAACGUGCUUACAUUUGAUACAUGCCGUGAUUGCUCUUUUUGGGGACAAGAGUCAUUGUCGGAUCCAAGCGGGCUCUUGUUUUCAGGACCUACAGGCUCUCUCAAAGAAACACCUAGCGGUACGGUUGUUUUAAAUAUACCGGUGGCUCAUGGCAGCACUCUCACUAUUGAUGCCGACAUGCCAACCUAUGGCUUUAAUCCGUGCAAUACCAUUUUCAACUUUUAUCCCGUCUCGGAGGCUGAUGGCCAAUACCUACCUGAUGGUGAAUUCACCAUUGAUAGAAGAACAGUGGGCCAAUUAGAAGGUUUGAUCUUGGCUCCUAGAGGUCAUAUACGUGAAGCAAGCCAUGGAAAUUUUGCGGGUGCUAUUUAUGCACUUGAUUAUACAUCGGUUCAACCUCAUGGAGGUGCAGGUCUUCGUGAUUUCUUUUCUACCACAGGUGCUUGUGCAGCAUACAGUGGUUGUUUUCCGAUAGUAGAGCAACUGCAAAGUCCUUCUCAGCUGGAAAAGCGCCAAGAUGAUGAUGCAGUGGAAACAUCGACAACGACAACGACGUUGACUAUCACGCCUGAGAGCAUUACCAAUACAGAGACACAAAUCCUUACAGAAACAAUUGAGAUAACAAGCAACCAUGAGGUGGUAAGCACGGCGACCUUGCUCUAUACUACGGUACGCACACACACCGAUCGCAGCACAUACACUGAUUUCAACACGAUCUUUUCGACCCCGUCACCGGUGACAUCCACACACGAAGUUUGGACAACCGAAACGGUGAUGGGAACUGAACCUGAUGUCCACUAUGUUACUGUUUAUGUGCGUCCUGAAGGUGAUGGUGAUGGGGGUCUUCCUGGCGAGGACAAUGGUGGUAAUUACCGCCAUAAUAAGCAUCAUGAUCAUCAUCACAAACACAAGGAUUACUAUAAAAAAGGUGAUCAUGGACAUCACAAACACAAGUAUCACUAUGAGAUGGGCGUAUACGAAUAG